AUGUCAGCGAAAUUGUGGGUUCUCGGCGUUAAUGUUUUACCACCUGGGGUGCCACCUUGCACUUUUACGAUUGUUCCUUUCCUCAGCGCUUCCUCUAAGAAUAUGCACGGGAGGGCUCCUUUAUCCAUUGGUUCAUGGUUGUUUCUUCUUUGGGGCAGGCUGGCGCUUUCAGGGCGUCAAGUCACUCCUCGCACUCCAUACAUUGGUGGCUACCAACGGAUCUGCCAUUGCUGGAGGGCUGCUUAUCACGAAUUCGCUUUUUUCUAUUCGGGCGGUGGGAACAAAAUACCUCUCGCUUUUCUACAGGCUUUUCCCAGCCUGUGCAUCAUUUCGGGCAAACGGAGGAAGUAUUAUUUUGGGCUUUUUCUUUGCUUUUUUUCUUUCUUUCUUUAG